AUGUCUUCCUCUUCCAACAUUGCUUUCUUCUUCAUCAUCACAUUACUCUCGACCCUCGUUUCCGGUCAAGCACCCACCACCACCCCCACCGCCAACGCCGCUGCACCUAAAUCCUCCCCCGUCCCAGCCUCUUCACCAACUGCCUCCAGCGCUGGUUCCACCACUCCUCCUCCAACCACAUCCUCCACUCCUCCUCCCACCACCUCCACCUCCACUCCUCCACCAACCACCACCACCACCUCCACUCCCCCUCCCACUGAAUCCCAAUCCCAAUCUCCAACCUCCUCCGCCACUUCCCCUCAGGCUUCCUCUCCUUCUACAACUACACCUGCCUCCGACUCUCCAGUUGCUGCUUCUCCCACCGAUUCUCCUCCCGCUCCUGUCUCCCCCACCACCUCUCCAUCCAUGUCCCCAGUUGCUUCCGGACCUGCUGAUGCCGCCGUUGCCGAUGGGCCAGCUGAGGGUCCUACGGGUUCUGCCCCCGCCAGAGUUGCCGUUGGAGGAGGAAUCGUCGCUGCAUUCGUCGCUGCUGCUUUGCUGAUGUAG